GGCUAGUAGUCCAGCCUGCAUUUUGCUUCAUCCCACUCGCUACACACCUGCAUACCCUCUACACCCAGUCGUCUGCAUUCACUCAUCUGGGCUUCACCCUUUGAGCUGUUUGCUUUUCCUCCUUCUCCCUUUCCACCGGCAGCUGUAACACCCGUAGCCACAGUCGUUACCCGGUCGAUAGCCCGUGCACCCGCUGUGUGACAUCAGCCAGUCCUUGCUUGGUAUCCCGCAAUUCUACUACAACAACCCUCAACCCGCAUCCACAGCGAGACUACCUUUUCUUUUUCCCGCCCACUACCACAAACAUGGGUAAAGCCGGUCGUUUUGCGUGUAUUAUCACGCCUCUGGCUCUCACUCUCGCAUCUUUAAUAUGCUUUGUUAUGGUCAUGCUCGGCCAAACGCCAUGGAAGGGCAACAACGCACCAGCUACAGCCAGUGGCCGCGAGCUCUACUUCAUGAAGGCUGAUACGUCAAAUAUGACGCUCGACUCACAAACCAUCCUCGACAAACUUCCUGAAGGUCUCACCCCCAGCAACGAUUUCCUCGAUGCUCUCCGCGGCAAGGCCGACUCCAAGGAACUCAAGGACUUUUACCAGGUCGGCCUCUUUUCCUACUGCGAGGGCGAGACCAACAAGGAGACUGGCGAGGAAAAGAUUACAUACUGCUCUGCUCGCAAGUUCAAGUUCCACUUUGACCCUCUCAAGGUCUGGGGCAUGAAUGGCACUGCUCUGCAGGAGGCUCUGGGCGACAAGUACGAGAGCGGAAUGAAUGUCUACAAGAAGGUUGCUGGCUGGAUGAACUGGGCCUUUGUCAUUGUCAUUGUCUUGACCCCCAUCGAGUUCAUCGUCGGCUUCUUUGCCAUCUUCUCGAGGUGGGGCAGCCUUGUCACUACUGUCAUCUCUACCGCCCAAACCAUCUUCGCUGUUGGCGCCGCAAUCACCGCAUCUGCGACCUACGGCACCCUGACUGGUGUCUUCAGGACAGCUCUUGACCCCUACAACAUUGACGUCAAUAUGGGCUCCCGCAUGACUUCCACCUUGUGGCUUGGUGUCGCCUUCUCCGUUGCCUCUGGCUUCUUCUGGCUCAUCAGCACCUGCUGCUGCAGUGGAAAGAGCGAGAGCAAGAAAAUGACCGUUGAGAAGACUCCCUACACUUAUGAGCGUGUUGCCAGCCCCGCUUUUGGCGGCCAACAGGGUCAUCAGAUGCAGAAGUGGCCUAGCAGCCAGAAGCAGACUCCCCAGAUGGGUGGUGCUACCGCUUACGAGCCCUUCAGGUCCAAUGUCUAAUUGACCAACAUGGGCUUGAUCAUCUAGUAGGCGUUUACUGUUGGAGUUGCCGUCCUCUCUCUCUCUCCACAUAAGUUUUGGAUAGAAGUAGGGCCGAGUGGUUCUAUAACGACCUGUAUGACCAUUUGCGAGUGUGGUUUCUUGUUGUUAUUGUUGGUGUUUUUUUUUUGCUCAUUCCUUUUCUCGUGAGGUAUAUACCCCCGACAUGACCUGGAAAACGGCGUUUUUCUGUUACAGAUUCUUUUGAAAGUUUUUUCUCUGGUGUGGCAUAACGUCUUUGGUGGAAAAGGACAUUGCAGUAUCAGUCGCUCCGGCGAACAAAUCAAACCCAAAAUCAUACUAUGAUCACAUAAAUAUCUUCAUCCCUUGAC